AUGAGAAUACUCUCUUAUAUUGGGAAAAGAAGGCAUUUGUCAACCGGACUUCAAUCAAUUCCUAAUUUCUCCACAUCUCAGCAAUAUGUAUCAGAUCCCGUAAAGAUCAUAAUUAUACCGGUAACGACAAAGAAGCUUUUCGUGUAUUAUAAGCACAAGUCAGAAUUACUAAAUGACAGAUCUCUAGUGGUCAAAUAUGAAACUAAGCUGGUAGAAAAGGCGUCUAAUCUGUGGACCAAACUUCAAAAAUCGCCAAAGGCCUACAAUAAGAAAGUCGUGGCAUGGGUGACAUCUUUACUCGACAAGACGCCAUGGACGGAAAACUCGCUUAACACAAUACCGUCCGAGGGGUAUAUUCUCAAACGCGUUAAGGAGAAGGAGGAAGAACGGACGCUCACGCUCAAAGAAUAUCUAAAGCGACCUGAGCAGCUUACAGCCAAGCCUGUUAAUAUUUAUUAUCCCAAAGAAUUCAUAAGCGAAGGCCUAGUGAAGGCUGAGUUACGCCAGCUUUGGGAAAACGGGCAAAAAUAUCAUCGCAAAUAUGCGUUAAUGAGCCUUGCUGCAAUUCCCUUCACGCUUCCGCUUGUUCUAGUACCUAUUGUGCCCAACGUUCCGGGGUUCUAUCUGCUCUAUAGAGCGUACCGAAAUUUUAAGGCAAAUCGUGGUGCUAAACAUUUGGAAGCAUUAAUCGAAAGCAAAGCAUACAACAUAAAGUUUCUGGAUUUGCCGGACUACUCUAAUUUAAUAACAUCUACAAUGGGAAAUCAUAACAGAGUGUCUUUGGAAUUACCUGAACAGAUGGUACUCACUCCAAAACUUCUUGCCCGAUUGAUGGACGUUCUAGAGAUACAUGAGAUUGCACCCGAUCUUGAAAAAGCUAUUCGCCAAGAGAGUAAGAGACUAUUGCCUCCAACUACUGAGAAAACACUUAAAUAG